AUGGACGUGGACCACGUCUCCCCUCCCCGCGAACCCAGCGGCAGCAGCAGCGGCGCGCGCAAGAGGAUCUCGACGGCGUGCGAGGCGUGCCGGGCGACCAAGAUCAAGUGCGAGCCCAGCGAGCAGCCGGGCGUCUGUCGCAAGUGUCUCGACUCCAAGAAGGAAUGUAUCUCGCGGACGGGCCCGCGCACGCGCCGGAGGAGGAAAUUUGUCGUCGAUGGGCCGCAUCAGCAACACCAGCCUCCGCCGGCACCGGGCCCAUCCAAGACCUUUACCAUCGACUUUGACGUGCCGACGCCGCACGACGUCGACGAGAACUUCGACGCGCUGCGGGACAGCCACGAGCACAUCAUCGACGCCAUGUUCCCGCCGGCGCCCGAGUCCGAGUCGUUCGCCUCGUCGCCCGCGCGCAUCAACGGCUUCCCGACUCCGCCGUCCACCCAGAGCCACUCCAUCCAGUCGCUGCACGCAAAGCCGCAGUUCAACGUCGACUCGGCCACGUCUCUGCUGGCGUCGUUCCGCGGGAUGCUGCCUCACUUCCCGUGCAUCGUGCUCAAGCCCGACGAGACCGUCGCCAGCCUCGCUGCCACGCGGCCCUUUGUUCUGUUGGCCAUCCUCGCUUCGGCGUCGGGGUCACGCACCUUGCAGGGACACACGCUCUAUGAUGAAGAGUUUCGCAAGGUGCUGGGUCUCAAAUUCGUGGCCGGUGGAGAGCGAAGCCUAGAGUUGCUGCAGGGCAUGCUCAUCUACUGCGCCUGGUAUCCCUUUCACCUCCGGCCCAAAAACAAGCAGGCCUUCCAGUAUGUCCGCAUGGCAGGAGACCUCACCCGCGAUCUCGAGCUGGACCAGGAGAUGCCGGAUCCCAGCAGCCCCAACGCACCGAGCGACCAAAUUGACAAGAUCCGCACCUAUCUGGCCUGGUACUACGCCGUCUCACACUUUAUGACCGCGUGGAAGAAGAUGGAUGACCUCGUCGCGCCGUAUACCGGCUGGACGGCCGCGUGUUGCGACAUGUUGCAUCGUUGCGCCGAGGUCGACGGCGACUAUGCCUUGACAUACCUGGUGCGACUGGCUAGUUAUACCAACGCAGCGAACCAGGCGAUCCACGAGAACAAUGGGACGAGUCAGCAGCAGAGCGAGCUGGUUCUCCUCGGCCUGGAGUUGCAGGAUCGCGAGCUUCGACAAAACAUGCUGCCCCAUCUUGCUAGCUCUGCGGCAGUGAAAAUAUCACAACAAUUCUUUAACGUCUAUCUCAACGGCGGCUCUCUCAUACGGAUCGGCCGCUCCAAGACGGCGCCCCCAGGCUUCGUCUAUCCCACGACGCCCAAACUCCGCCUAUGCGUCGAGGACCUCAAAGAACUUUUCCAACACAUCGCCAGCCUCGCCCCGUCGACCUUCCUCUCCUUCACCAUCGUCGAAUGGAGCAAGGUGGUCCUCUCCGUCAUCCUCGGCGUCCGGCUGUCCUUCGCGGUGCCCGAGCUUCCGGACUGGGACGACGCCUGGGCGCGCAGCGAGCUCUGCUUCGACAAGUUCCUGGAGCACAUGUGCGACGGGGUAGAUUUGACUUCUGUCAACACGCGGGUGGACGUGCUGUCGGCCAGCCGCGUGGUGCUGCGCGUGGUCAAGGCCAAGUACGACCGCCGGCUCGAGCUGCAAGCCAAGGCCGCCGACAGGAGCACGCACGGCUGCCCGAUGUUCGACAACACCAUGGAGCCCUUCAUCUCAGCGUGGGGGGAUAACUUUGACCUUGGCGCCUCGAUGCCGUCGUCGGCCCCGUCAGUCGAGGGCCAGCAGGCGGUGUUCCAUGACUUGUGGGCGACGAUGACGAUGGGAUGGGCGAAGGAUAAACCGCAAGACGGUCAUGAGAUGUAG